UCAAAAUGGCGGGGCUUUGCAAAGCUUUUCGCUCUUCAAAGCUUUGUUUCCAGACUCGAAUCAAUAGUUUGGUUAAUCAGAAAUAUUGUAGUAAUAUCAAGACUCGUUUAUUAAGGACAAGUGCCAUACUUAAUGAGAAGUUAACCCAGAGUUAUACUCAUGGAAUUACCAACAAACCACUGAUAGGAGACACUAUAGGCCAAAGGAUUGACAAGGUAGCAGAAAAGUUCCCAGACCGAGAAGCUUAUGUCUUUUGUGAGGAUGGAGAUAGAGCAACUUUUGCAGAAUUCAAAGAAGAGGUUGAUCAGUUGGCAGCAAGUUUCCUUGCAAUGGGGCUACAGAAAGGGGAUCGUGUUGGGAUGUGGGGUCCCAAUACAAGAGAAUGGGUCUUAACACAGUUUGCUACUGGCAAAGCUGGACUUAUAAUGGUAAACAUGAACCCAGCAUAUCAAGUAUCGGAGAUUGAAUAUGCUUUGAAAAAGGUUGGCUGUAAAGCACUAGUGAUGUCAGAUGUGCAUAAGUCCCAAGAUUACUAUCAUAUGAUGAAACAGAUCGCUCAUGAGUUGCCAAGUGCUUCUCCUGGAGAACUGUACAGUGCAAGGCUUCCAGACUUGAAAACUGUCAUCAUUGCUUCCAAAAAMAAUGAACACUUUAGUGGGGCUUUACGAUUUAAGGAUCUUGAGGCAUUAGGCAGUGCGCCAGACAGGCAACAGCUUAAAGAUAUUCAAGAUGAACUUGACUGUGAUGACCCUAUUAAUAUACAAUUCACAUCUGGCACCACAGGGUUCCCAAAAGGAGCCACACUUACACAUCAUGGGAUCGUUAACAAUGCAGUAUGUGUAUCUAAUGUCCUGAAUUAUGAURAAUAUGCCAGGGUUUGCAUCCCAGUUCCUCUUUACCAUUGUUUUGGCAUGGUUCUUGGCAGUAUGUCAAUCAUCACACAUGGCACAACAGCAGUUUAUCCAUCACGUGCAUUUGAUGCAGGAGCAGUUCUCAAUGCUGUACAGCAAGAAAAAUGUACAUCCCUAUAUGGCACACCAACUAUGUUCAUUGAUGUACUCAAUCAUCCUAACUUUGCAUCUUUUGAUGUUUCAAGUUUGAACACAGGAAUCAUGGCUGGCUCGACUUGUCCUAUAGAAGUGAUGAAAAGAAUUAUUGAUGUGCUCCAUAUGCCAGAAGUAACAAUUUGCUAUGGCCUUACAGAAACAAGUCCAGUGACCACUCAGUCAAUGCGUGAUGAUCCUGUAGAGUUGCGAGUUUCUACAGUUGGACGAGUACAUGCAAACACAGAGGCCAAAAUUAUCGAUAGCACCCAUGGGCGAGUUGUUCCUAUUGGUGAACCAGGCGAAAUUUGCUUCCGUGGUUAUGCAGUGAUGAUGGGAUAUUGGGAAGAUGAAGAGAAAACUAAUGCGGCUAUUGAUGCUAAUGGAUGGUUCCAUUCUGGCGAUUUGGCAACGAUGGAUGAAAAUGGAUAUAUUAAAAUUAUAGGUAGAAUUAAGGAUGUGAUCAUUCGAGGUGGUGAAAACAUUUACCCUACAGAAAUAGAACAGUUCCUGUACAAACACCCAAAGAUACAAGAUGUACAAAUUAUUGGUGUUCCAGAUCAGCGGUUAGGUGAAGAAGUCUGUGCAUGGAUAAAAUUACAUGCGGGAGAGACGGCAACAGCAGAUGAGAUCAAGAAUUUCUGUAAAGGACAGAUUGCGCACUUUAAAAUUCCCAAGUUUAUAAAAUUCGUAGAUGACUUUCCCAUGACAGUAACUGGAAAGGUUAGAAAGUUUGAGAUGAGAGAAGAAAUGGUUCGUGAACUUGGAUUAUGAUCUGCGGCUAAAGUAAAUUAAACUUUUUUAAGGUCGUCUUUGAAGACUCUCAGAAUGACAGUAAUGGCGGACCAUCGUCUCGUACAGGUGGUUUCUGAUAGAUGAAAAGGGAUCUUAGCUGCAGCCAGAAUUAUCCAACCAAGGAAACAGAUACUAGGCUUUUCAAGGAAAGAUUGAUUCUCUUUUUAUUUUUGUAAUUCAUACUGCAACGGAAAGUCUUAUCUUUUUUAAUGUACAUGAAAUCUCAUAAUGAAUCAAUUUGUACAUAUCAAUUCAAUACUCAGAUAUUAAUAAUAAUAAUAAUAAUAUUCAAUCAAUAAAACCGUAAUUUUAAUUUUGGUAUCCGGCAUACGUAGGUCUUGGGUUUGAUUUCUGUCAGGGACUCUGAUUGUUCUGAGUUUCUUUCAGCUAGAGACAAAUAAUCAAUUUCUAUACUACUUUCUAAGCUCAUGAAUAAAUUCAUCAUAUAAUUUUGAGA